AUGCCGUCUUCAAGAGUGGUGUCGUUAUCGACAUUGGGUUUAAACGAUCUAAAAGAUCACAAAUUGAAACUUCAUUAUCGUAUUGUAAUCCUUGGCUCAGCCAAAGUCGGUAAAACAUCAAUAGUGAGACGUCUAUUGUCCGAUAAAUUUGAAGAAAUACAUAAACCAACGAUUGAAGAGCUCUAUCAAAACGAUUAUAAACUUAAGGACUCAGAUAUGACGCUUACACUCGACUUAUUGGACACGAGUGGCAGUUAUCCAUUUCCAGCAAUGCGAAAGUUAGCCAUAAGUACUGGAGAUGCGUUUGUAUUGGUUUAUGCAAUCGAUGACUUGGACUCGUUUGAAGAGGUGACCCGACUUAAAGAUGCCAUCAUUGACGAGAGGGCAACAAAUUUACCACCAAUUGUUACAGUUGGCAAUAAAUCAGAUUUGGUGGACAAACGUAUGGUUAAGAAAGAGUUGGCCGAAACAAUAAUAAACAUCGAUUGGGAAAUGGGUUUUGUUGAGUGUUCGGCCAAAAACAAUGAAAAUAUUUUGUUAGUUUUUAAAGAGUUGUUACAACAAAAGCAAACUCAAUAUAUACUACAAACUCAGACUCUGUCCAAAAGGGAUUCAUUGGUUACGGUAUCGCCACGUAUUAAACACCGUAAGAUUGCACUCAAACCGCAGAGCUGUAUCAUCUCUUAA